AUGGCGCCAUGGCUGAUCGCAAUUGUGCUGACGAUCCUACUAAGUGAAGCAGCGCUAGAGAUCGACGGUGCUGCACCACGUGCCGUCGGGCGUAUCGUUGGAGGACGGGACGUGGAAAUUGACGAGUAUCCAUAUCAACUAUCACUGCAAAACAAUGGUUAUCACAUAUGUGGAGCAUCGGUAGUGGCUACCCGGCUGGCACUUACCGCUGGUCACUGUUGCAUCGGAACGAAUGUAUCGAAUCUCACUAUACGUGCUGGAAGUAAGUCCCAUGACGGAGGUGGUAUAGUGUUUAUGGUGAACCGCAUUAUCCUUCAUCCCGAGUAUGAUGAUACGAAUCUAAACUACGACGUAUGCGUCAUUCGAAUCGUUGGGUCCUUUCUGGGAAAAGCGAACAUUUCGGCCAUUCAAGUCACCAACAGUGGCAUCAUGCCUGCCGGAGGAAUCGUGUCCGGUUGGGGCGCAGUAGAGACUAAUGGAAAUGCGGUCCAGAAUCUGCGUGCGACGAAGGUGAAAGUUUGGAGUACGAGAGAGUGCAACGGUCAGAUACAGAACUACGUUACGCCAACAUCUAGUAUGUUCUGUGCCGGCAAUGUCGGUAGUUCUAUCUGCGUUGGUGAUAGCGGAGGCCCGCUAGUGUACGAACAACGUCAAAUAGGCAUCGUAUCGUUCAUCAUAAACGAGUGCGGAGGAACCGUACCGGCCGUUUACACCCGCCUGUCCAACCAAAACGUGAGAAACUUCAUCAAGCAGCAGAUCAACAACGAUCAGCAGCGUAUGUCGUUGCUGAAUGGAUGA